GCCGGGCUCGGCCCCGCUCCGCCUCCGCCUGUCACCAGCGCCGGCCCCAGCGCUCCCGCAAUAUGGCGGCCGCUCCCGGCCGGAAGUCCCGCCCCUCAGCGCGGGGCACGACGGGAGCGCCCCGUCCGCCCGUUCGAAUGAAUACAGGAAGUGCCCGCAGGCGUUGCCAUGGCAACGGUGCGGCCUGCUCCGAUCUCGCGGGGCCUCGGCGGGGAGCGUUCCCACCCCGUCCCGUUCCGCCUCAUUCCGCUGCCGGGCUGUGUUUAAAACAAGCACUGAUAAACGAGAAGCUAAAGAGAGCCUCAAUCAUUUCCUUAAAAUAAAACAAAAUAACACGGAGCGAGUGACGGAAGCCCCAGGGUGCCCCCCUCGGGCUGCCCGCAGCGGGCCCUGCGCCGUCCCCGGGCUCCUAGAGGCCGUACCGAGGCGGCACCGCCCCGCCGUGACCCCGCGGCCGAUCACUUCCAGGGCGGCCCCGGCUCCCGAUUUGAAAAUGCAGGAGCGGCUGCUGGUGCUGCUGUGCGCGUUGGCGCGGCGGGCGGGCGGGCGGCGGAGGGCUAUGGCGGGGCGCUGGGACGGGCCGCAGCGCCGAGCGUGGCUCCGCCACUACUACAGCCAGCGGCAGAAGCGGCUGAUGACGCUCCUGAUCGCUCGCCGGAGGAGAUCCAGCUGCUACUUCUAUCCCCGUGCCUGGCCCAGCCUGCGGGGUGCAGACUGGUGGGAGCGAGUGGUCCUGAAGGAAUUCGGCCCCCAGGACUGGUUGGAGAAGUUCCGCAUGUCCCGGGAGACCUUCUUCUACAUCUGCAACCGCCUGCGGCCAGGGCUGGCCCCGCACAGCGCCCACUUCCACCCCGCGCUGCCCCUGGAGAAGCGAGUGGCUGUGGCCCUGUGGCACCUGGCCACCAACGUGGAGUACCAGACUCUCAGCCCGCUCUUUGGCGUCGGGCCCUCCACUGUGCAGACGUGCGUGCGGGAGGUGAGUUACGCUGUGGUCCUGCUGCUGAAACCCCUCUACCUCCGUCUGCCCGAUGAGAAGGAGCUGGAGAACAUGGUGCGCAUCUUCCGCACCCGCUGGGGCUUCCCGCACUGCAUUGGCGCCCUGGACAGCCUGCACAUCCCCAUCAACCCCCCGCUGCGUCUGAGUGCCGAUUACUGCAACGGGCAGGGCUGGCACUCCAUCCUCACCCAGGCCACCGUGGAUGGGCUGGGCCAAUUUUGGGACGUCUCCACCGCUUUUCCCGGCAGCAUGGAGAACAGCGCGGUGCUGGAGAGCUCCAGCCUCUGGGUGCUGGCUAAGGAGGGCCGGCUGUGCCCCAACCCGCCCAAGGACUUCAUGGGCAAGGCACAGAAGUACGUGCUGCUGGGCGACGCCACCUACCCCUUGCAGGACUGGAUCCUCAAGCCCUACCAGGAGGAUGAGAACCUCACCCAGCGGCAGCUGCAGUUCAACUACCGCCUCAAGCGGGCGCACAGCGUGAUCGAGAACGCCUUCCUGCGCCUGAAGGCCCGCUGGCAGAUCCUCCUCAAGUGUGAUGACUGCAGCCUGGAGCUGCUGCCCACCCUUGUUCUGGCCUGCUGCAUUCUGCACAAUGUCUGCGAGGCGCACGACAACCCCUUCAAUGAGGAGUGGCUGGAGGGCACUGAGCCCACUGAGCUGCCCAAGCCUUGCCAGCCCGCGCCUGCCGCCAUGGAGGAUGGCCGGGCUGAGCAGGUGCGUGAACUGAUGUGCCAGUACUUUGAGAACUGUGGGGAGGGCUGAUGGCUGCAGGGGGGACACACCGUGCUCCUCCUUGGACCCUCUGGGUCGGUGCCAGCCCCUCGGUUCACAUUGGAUUUUGCUUCUCAGUUGCAGGCAGUGGGAUGUAUCUCACACCUGGACUAUCUCUGCUGGGAUUUGACCAAUGUAGUGAUGUGCUCUGUGCUGUGUGAAUAAAGUGGGGUCACGAUUUGGCUGGGGAGAGGGUGGUCAGGUCAUCCCAUCGCCGGGCAUGGCUGCAACCCUAAUGCUGACUGGA